AUGCGAGGUGCUCUGCUCCCCGCUCUGGGGGCUCUGUCUCUGGCUGCCGGCGCUGCGGCCGGCGCUGCGGCCGUUGACUGGCCUACCUACAGCUACAAGACCGGACCAUGGGAGCCUCCUCAACUGGUCGUCAACAAGACUGACGGCUAUGUUGAGAAUGAGUUGAUUUUCAUUCCUGUCCGAGUCGAGAACACUGCCGGCACUGCGCCCACCAUCUACGAUACUGACGGCGAGCUCAUCUACCAGGGCCCCAUGGAAACCACCAUGGACAUGAAGCCAGCAACCUUGUUCGGCAAGCCUGUGCUCCUUUUUUGGUCUGGACAAGUUUCCGACGCCGGUGGUUACGGCUACGGAAGCGUUCACAUCCUGGACGACACCUACAACGAGAUCUACACUGUCACUUUGACCGGCGACUUCAACUCCUAUGACACCCAGGAGAAGGACUCCUACAUCGAUGUCCACGAGCACCACAUUACCAGCCGUAACACAAUCAUUGUUAGCGCCAUCAACGUGACCCAGUACGAUCUCAGCGUCGCCGGCGGUCCAUCCGACGGCUGGAUAAUCGUCAACCAGUUCUACGAAAUUGAUAUUCCCACCAACAAGGUGCUCUACAAGUGGGAUGCUCUUGAGCACGUCGACGACAUUCCCUCGAAAACUCCUAUUACCCCCCUCCCCGCGACCCUGGAUGGCUACUUGGUCUCCCUGCGUUUCUACUGGGGUGCCUACUACCUGGAGCACGACACCGGUGCCGUCCGCUGGUUCUUCAACGGCACUGGCGGUGGUGACUUUGCCGGCAAUGAUAACUCCUUCUCUUGGCAACACGACUUCCGCAUCUACAACGAGACCGAAGACAGCGCCGUUCUCAGUCUCUUCAACAACGGCAACGGCCAGCAGAAGCAUGAGUCCGUGACCACCGGCAUGCUCUACGAGCUUGACAUCGCCAACAAGCAGGCCACCAUGCUGCAAAACCUGACUGACCCUGCCAACCCCCUGAACACCCAGACCCAGGGCUCUGUCCAGAUGCUGGGCGCGGCCUCCCAGUCCACCAACGUGUUCAUGGGCUACGGCUCCAAUGCCUUCGUCAAAGAGUUCAGCGGUGACGGCGACGUCGUUCUGUCCGGCCAGUUCGCGCCGCUCGGCCAAGGCCAGUCCUACCGCGCUUUCAAGUCCGCGUGGAGCGCUAUUCCCCUGUGGAACCCUGUUGCUGUCACCGAGGUCUCCGGCAGCAACACCACCGUGUACAUGAGCUGGAACGGUGCGACCGAGUACGAUACGUGGGCUAUCUACUCCGCUCCCUCCGCUAGCUCGAACAAAACUACUCUUCUAACCACCACCCCCGGGUUGGUUUCGAAACUUCUUUCGAUAUUACUUCUUACAACGCCUCUUAUAUCCAGGUUGCUGCUCGCCAGGGCAAGAAAAACAUGCGGACGUCUGAUAUUAUUCAGGUUUGAUCUAUGCCCUGCUUGGACACAUGAAAACAGGUCUAGCACUAGCCUUGGCCUGGUCUGUCUAUACCUUUUUUCGCGCUAUAGCACGUUUCAUUGA